CAUCCCUGUGCAUCAUGAGUUCAACUAGUACAGAAUGUAAGGCAACCAAGGACAGGAAAAGCAAGAGGGGCAGUCACAACACCUCAGCAAGACCUCGUAAUGCUCUGGACAAGAUGAUGGGGGGAACUGCUUCUGAACCCUGUACCCCCUCCUCUUCCUCCUCCUCCUCCUCUUUGCCUUCUACUUCCUCCCUGGCCUUACCUUUACAAAGUGCCCUUGCUGGCUCCCCUCCUAAUGCAGGCCCGAGUUUUAUGGAACAAACUACUCCUUUAAGUGAUAGCAAAGGAACUGAGCAGCAGGACAUUCAGAGAAAGUACUGUGGAGGCAAGACUCACUCUAUGCAAACUUGUAAUCAAAGGAAAAUAGCUGCUGCAGCUGCACAAGUAGAGCCACUCAGACUUGAUGAUAGAAGUGUUGAUGAGGAAGUACCGGUAGUUGACCUCACUUGCGAAACUUCAGAACCUAUAGUUGUUGAUCUUACACAUAACGAUUCUGUUGUGGUUGUUGGAGAGAGUAGACAGCAGCCCAAUAGAGAGUUCAGACGUCAACCAUUGUCUGACAGUCUUAUAUUAAGUAGUGAUGAUGAUGAUGAUGAUAGCGGGCACACAGAGAGUGAUGCUCUUGCCACUAGAGAGCUGCCCAGAGAAGUGGGAAGGAAGGAAUUUGCAAGUUCAAGAUCCUCAGGCACUGUGUGUUGUCCAAUUUGCAUAGAGAGCUAUGCAGAGAUUGUGCAAAGCGGACGGCUUAUAGUGUCAACAAAAUGUGGCCACAUCUUCUGUAGUCUGUGCCUCAGCAAUGCUCUUGGGCAUGCAAACUUUUGCCCAACUUGUAGAAGGGAACUCACUCAAAAAGAGUAUCAUCCAAUUUAUAUAUGAAGACCUGGGUGUUCCUGAACACAGUCUAAUGCGGCCUUCAUAAACAUGAGUGAACUCCAAAGAACACACAAAGUAUAUGUGACUUAUAUAUGACAGUUAGCAAUUUCACUUUUUUCCAGUUGACCUCCUUAUGGUCCAGUUGUACCGUUUAAGCUUCAUUUUGCUUUAAGGUUUUUGCAGCUCACAUUUUUUGAGGUCUGUAGAAGUUUGAAGAACAGCUUGAAGGAUAUAUCUGCUGUUGCUACGUUGCUUUGUGCAGAUAUCUCAUUUCAGUUCUUCUAGUUCUAUUGCUGCUUUGAGAAAAGAUUGUUAUGUAGUGAACUCAUUUAUUCAAGACUAGGCCAUUCAUAGUCAUCUAUGAUAAUACAACCUGCAGCUUCUUUUUGCAAUUUGCCUUGUAAAAAACUAAAGCCAGUCUGUUCCAUAUCUACUUGUUUUCUAGUGGCAAACAUCUCUUUCUGUUGAUGUCGCCCCAAUAAAGUUCCAUGAUCUCAUAAACAGAUCAAGAUUUAUAAAAGACUGUGUCUCAUUUCUAACAUUGCAUGCAUAAAUGAUUUAUUACAAAUAA